UCCAGAAGCUUCAGCAUCCCCUCAGUAAAAAAGAGUGCAAUGAGAGAGCAGCGCUUACAGAGCUGCAGCUGCCUUUUACUAACUGGCUACUUAUUGAUGAUAUUAACAACAGACAGCUAAUAUACAGCUUCAGUAAUUUUGGGACAGUCCCUGGAGGAAUGGAUUCUUGACCUAGCAAUUGCCACAGGUUUAUCUCUGGCUGCUGUCGGGGAUGAUUUAACAGGCACAUCUUUCAAGCCAUGAUCAUCCAGGGGGAAGUCACAGAGGAUUAGCUGCUGGAUGAUGUGUCUGGAGGAAAACAAGUCUGCGUUGAGCAACGAAGAGUGUCAGAUAUCUUAUCAGAAGGGUCGCUGUAAGGGAGUGACAAUUUGUACAUUUUCCAGUUUGUACAAGUGAUGACUGUCUGGCUUCCAAUUCAGGAAUAAGAAAGGAUAAAGACCCAUUUGUCUGGACUAUGAUUCUGCGUGAUGAGUUUGGUCUAGUUGCCGGGACAUGGCAGAGUCAGAGUUAUCUACUUCUGUUUAUGUCGCUUCUGGCAAUACACACCCAGGCAGAUUUGGAGGCCCAAAAAGAUAAACACUCCUGGAAAGCAGGUCAGUGGGGUAGAUGUAUGGGUGAAGACUGUGGACCAGGAGGGGUUCAGACGAGAACUGUGUGGUGUGUCCAUUCAGAGGGCUGGACAACACACCAUUCCAACUGCAAACACACUGGCAAGCCUGAAAGCCAGAGGCAGUGCUUCAAAGUGUGUGAAUGGCACCAGGAACUCUUUGAAUGGGAAGUGUCCGAGUGGGGGUCAUGCAUUCUGGUUCCUUAUUCGUCCAAUGACCAAAAACUAAGGACUUCAAAGUGUGUGACUGCGCAGCAUGGAAUACAGCAAAGGAAAGCUCAUUGCAUUCGAAAGACCAACAGGACAGUGGUGACAGACGAGAUCUGUGAGUUUUUUACACCAAGACCGACCAUCGAGCAAGCCUGUCUCAUUCCUUGCCCCCAUGACUGUGUGGUGUCGGAGUUCUCACCAUGGUCUGCUUGCAGCAAGAGCUGUGGGACAGGAUUACAGCACAGGACACGGGCAGUGCUGGCCCCUCCAAUGUACGGGGGUUCAAACUGUCCUAACCUGACAGAAACCAGGACUUGUAAUAAUCAUCUUUCUUGUUCUUUUGGGGAGGAUGAGUACAAAUACAGCCUUAAAGUUGGGCCUUGGAGUGAGUGUAGGCUACCCCAUCAGAAAGAGAUUCGACUAAGUGGAAGAACGAUGCUUGAUUUUAGCACUGAAUCUGCAGAGAAGAAUAAUGUUAAGCCGCAAAUCCUGAAUCACCACCAUCAUCGUUAUCACCAGUCAAAGUCAUGGGACAUAGAGAUUGGCUCCCAAACUCGACAGGUUAGGUGUACAAGAAGUGAUGGAAGGAAUGCAAUGCUAAGCCUUUGUACUCAAGACAGUGCCCCUGUGACCUUUGAGUCCUGCAUCAUGCCCAGGGACUGUGAAACCUCAGACUGGUCUCCAUGGAGCCCCUGUUCCAAGACUUGUCGGUCAAUGGACUUGUCUCCAGGGUACAGAACCAGGACCCGGAGUUUGAAGCAGAUCCCAGCUGGAGGCGGAGAAGACUGCCCUGCUCUGGAGGAGAAGGAAGCUUGUAAUAUUGGUGGGGAUCUACUGCCACAAUGCCCUAGGUAUGUGUGGAAGACCACCGAGUGGGGUGAAUGCCAGGUUACUCCCCUUCUCAGCCAGCAAGACUGUCAUCAGAGCAACCAUUCUGUGCUAUGUGGAGGAGGGAUACAGAGGAGGGAAGCAUACUGUGUGCAGAGCCCAGAUGAUGCAAUUUCACACAAAGGUAAAGAAGUGUCUAGACCUGCUAAUGGGAGGCUAUGCCCUGGACCAAUGCCUUUGGUAGCUCAGUUUUGCUCCAUACCCUGUCCGGAAGAGUGCUUAGUCUCUGCCUGGUCUUCUUGGGGGCCAUGCAUAUAUGAAAACUGUAAGGAUCCACAAGGGAGGAAAGGUUUUAGAUUACGAAGACGUCAAGUGAUCCGAGAGCCUACUGGCACCGCCAACAGUUGCCCCCAUCUUGUGGAAACUAUUCCUUGUGAAGAACCAACUUGCUAUGAGUGGCAUGUGACUGAGGAGCCAAUCUGCGUUCCUAAUAAAGGAACAUGUGGAUAUGGAACUCGCACCCAGAAACUUGUGUGUAAGAACAAUCAAGGUGAAGACGUUUCUGAUGAUCAGUGUAUGGACGACCCUCCUCCCUCUCCACUGCCCUGUGAGGUGCCUUGCCCUAUGGACUGUGUGCUCAGUUAUUGGUCUGCCUGGGGAGGGUGCUCCCACUCAUGUUCCAGUAAAAAUGCAGAAGGAAAACAGAGCAGAAAGAGAUUGAUCCUUGCACUGCCUGGAGAAGGUGGAAAGCCGUGCCCUCCAGCUUCAGCCUUAGAGGAAUGGAGACUUUGUAAUGACCAUCCCUGCACUGUAUUUUUUUGGGAAGUUUCUCCAUGGGCCUCUUGUAUUGAAGACACCUCCAUGACAACUCUCAAUGCUACCAGCAACUGGAAUGGAAAACCCACCUGUGCCGUCGGAAUUCAGACCCGCAAAGUCAUCUGCAUGAAAGUCAAUGUUGGACAGGUUAUCUCAAAAAGGUGUCCAGAUUCUACUCGGCCAGAUCCAAUUCGCCCUUGUUUGCUACCUUGCAAGAAAGACUGCAUGGUCACCCCUUUUAGUGAGUGGACACCUUGUCCUACAACUUGUCAGCCAGCUAACGCAACUACAACUAAACAGUCCCGCUAUAGGAUUAUCAUCCAGAAUUCUGCUCAUGGGGGACACGAAUGUCCAGACACCCUUUAUGAAGAGAGAGAGUGUGAAGCUCUUCCAAUAUGUCCAACUUACAGAUGGAAGCCCCAUAAGUGGCACCAGUGUACGAUUGUACCAGAUUCAGUCAGAAUAGGCAUUAUAGGUGCUGGGGAGGCAUGUGGACAAGGCUUAGAGACAAGAGUUGUAACAUGCCUUAGAGACGAUGAUGAGACAGCAGACAUGACUGAGUGCCUUCAGAGGGCUGGUCCCAUGCCCUCCAUGGCAAAGAGGUGCAAGGUACCCUGCAAAGACGACUGCACGUUCACCACCUGGUCUAAGUUUACUUCAUGUACAGGGUGUGGAGUCACACGCAGCAGAAAACGAUCUCUUACAGGGAGAAGUAAAAAAAGAGAAAAAUGCCAUAACACCGAACUCUAUCCACAAGUUGAGAUGGAGCCCUGUCCUUGUGAUGAAUAUGUGUCUCAGCCUUAUGGGAACUGGUCUGACUGUAUUCUUCCUGAAGGCAGAGUUGAACGACAACUGGGAAUGAAGGUCCAGGGAGAUAGUAAUGAGUGUGGGCCGGGUGUGCGCUACAGAGCCAGUACAUGCUCAGACCCGGAUGGCAGACUUGUUGACCCAUCUCUUUGUAGCAGUUCAGGUUACAUCGAGGAGAGCUGUGCAAUUCCCUGUCCAUUUGACUGUAAGCUGAGUGAAUGGUCAAGCUGGUCAACAUGCAGUUCCCCAUGUGGGAGUGGGGUAAAGGUCAGGUCCAAGUGGUUGCGUGAGAAGCCUUUUAAUGGAGGCCGACCCUGCCCAAAACUGGACCUCAAGAAUCAGGUGUAUGAGGCAGUCCCGUGUUACAGCGAAUGCAAUCAGUAUCUUUGGGUGACUGAUCCCUGGUCUGCAUGCACAGUCAAUGGUGUGGACAAAGCCCUGGAUUGUGGAGAAGGAGUACAGAGUAGAAAAGUCAAGUGUGUAAAUAACACUGCUGAUAGUCCUGGGGAGAUUGUGGAUAACACUCUGUGUGAUCAGGAAGAAAUGCCUUUUGAGGCUCAGAUCUGUUUUCGCCCAUGCCCAGGUGACUGUGUGAUGUCCCAGUGGGGAGAGUGGAGUAUAUGUCCACAACCAUGUGAUCCAAAAAGUGUUCAAGAAAGGACAAGACAUCCCCUAAGGUUCCCAACAGCUGACAACAACUGCCCUGAAGACUCUCAAAAUCAGUCCUGUGUUCUCAACACAAACUGCUUCACCUAUCAAUACAAUGUCACAGACUGGAGCACUUGUCAGUUAAGUGAUAAUGCUGUGUGUGGACAGGGAACCCGAACCCGCCUUUUAGACUGUGUCCAAAGUGAUGGGAAGUCGGUUGAGUUGAGAUACUGCAAGCAGAUGGAAUUGGAGAAGAAGUGGAAACUGACCAUUCACUGCCUUGUUGAAUGCCCUGUUAACUGUCAGCUGUCUGAGUGGUCACCUUGGACUGAAUGCUCCUACUCAUGUGGGCUCCAAGGUCAGAGGAUGCGUUCCCGCAGUAUAACCCAGCAGGCUCGUGGAGAGGGAAGGCCCUGUCCAGCUCAUCUUGCUGAGGCCCGACAGUGCCCAGUAAAGCCUUGCUACAAAUGGAUGCUUGGAGAAUGGUCACAAUGUCAAGUGGAGGGAGCGCAGUGUGGAGAGGGGCUUAGAGUGAGGAAUCUUACAUGCGUGGUUCACAAUGGUUCACUUUCUGACCCUGUUUCUGCCAAACAAGUUGAGGAGGAGAUGUGUGAAGCCAAGUUAAUGAAAGCCAAAGGACAGGAGUUACAGCAACCUUGUUCUGUACCCUGCCCAGGCGAUUGUCACCUGAUAGAGUGGUCCUCAUGGAGCUCCUGUCAGCUGACCUGUCUGGAAGGGAGAAGUUUUGAGACUACAGGUCGUCAGGCGCGCUCUCGAGCUGUGGUCAUCCAGGCCAUUGAAAACCAAGACAGCUGUCCUCAACAAGUCUUUCAAACACAAACUUGUAAAGAAGGAAAAUGCCUUAGCUAUGAGUGGAGGACAAGUCCUUGGACAGACAAUGAACGCUGUGUGUGGUGUCAGCGUUCAGAUGGGGUUAACGUCACAGGAGGGUGCUUUUUGGAAAACCGGCCAUCAACCAUCAGGCAUUGCCACCCCCCCUGCACAAAACCCUUCUCCCACUGUACUCAGAGCGGAGUCUGUGGAUGUGGUAAAGGAUAUGUUGAAGUAAUGACUGCCUAUGGGUUCCUGGAUUACUGCACAAAAAUUCCCGGACCGGACAACAAGAAAGCUGAUGUGAAAACCAGCGCUGGAAAAUUAAAACCAGGGACUUCCACGAUACAGGACUUUUUAAAAGAAUGGUCUAUUCAACCUUUUGGGCCCGAUGGUAGAGUAAAGAUCUGGGUCUAUGGUGUGACUGCUGGUGGAUUUCUCCUUAUUAUAUUAAUCACUGCAAUGUCUUUUUUGGUUUGCAAAAAGCCAAAGCAGAAUAAAAGUUCACCUCCUCAACAGAAACCUCUGUCUUUAGCCUAUGAUGGAGAUGUGGACAUGUAACUCCAUUGAUCAGCCCCAUAACUUGGGCAUCCAGAAGCUACAGCCAAGUUCCAAAAAACAGAAACCAACACCUACACUAUAGGGGGACAUGACCCAAAGAAACAGCUACAGAGAUCUCUUAAUGACAAGAAAAGUUUUGUUUUGUUUUUUGCUAUAAAGACUUCACUGAAAGACUUUCUCUCAUUGUCAUCCACUGAAUGAAGAUUGCCUAGUUUUAUAAGUACUUUUGCAGGGCUCCUGAGUGGUGCAUCCAGUAAAGGCACCCUGCAUGGAAUGCAGGAUGCACCCUAUAGCCUAGAGAUCGCAGGUUCGAAUCCAGGCUAUGUCAUUGCCGACCGUGACCGGGGGUUCUUAGGGGGUGGCGCACAAUUGGCCGAGCGUCGCCCGGGUAGGGAGGGAUUAGGUCGGCAGGGCAAUCCACGGUUCACUGCACUCCAGUGACCCCUGUGGCUGAUAGGGCACCUGCAGGUCUGCAGUGGAGCCAUUCAGAUCUGUGUUGUCCUCCGGCACUAUAGGUCUGGUGGCUUUGCUGUGGAUCCACAGUACGAAAAAUGACAGAUUGGCAGGAACGUAUUUCGGAGGUGUUUCAGCCUCCGUUUCCCGAGCCACCGGGGGGUUGCAGCGGUGAACCGGGAUAAAAAAAUAAUUGGGCAUUCCAAAUUGGGGAGAAAACCAGGGUAAAAACCAUUGGCAGUGACUAAAUUAACUUACUAAAAUUUGUAAAGAAAAAGAAAGUGCAUCUUCUGUUAAUGGCUCGGUGUAUUUAUGGCACUGGAGUAUAUUGCAAAAAAAAAAAAAAAAACAUGAUCUGAUUUGUACUCUGCUUUGCUUCUUGGACAAUGAAAAAGCAAACAAAUGUCAUUAUGCACUAUAUUAGUGCUGAAUCCUUUUUCAAAUAGAACAGUUUUCUAGUGUUUACAUUGUCAAUACAAAGGAUUUUGUUGUGAUGUGUUUUAAAUGAUGACAUUAUGGGAUGUACACAUACCACUGAUUGUUACCCUUGACAAACCUCUUCUCUCAUGGAACAGUUAUCGAAAACAGUUAUCCUGAAAGGUUUAAGGUAGAAUUAUGGUUUUAGGUUAGGAUUAGAUGAACCUGGAAGUGUGGAUGUCCCUGGAAGACCUGGUGCUUAUCAUGGCGAGAGCCGUCAAAUCAUCAUGAAGUUUCAACAUCUACUCUCAUGUAAUGGAAAUCAUGAAGGAAGAUAUAAUUAACAUUAGACAUCACUUAUAACAGGCUUUGGCAACACAGGGUUACAUAUAAGAGCAUUUAACUAAGGCCUUUCAAAUUAUAUUCAAUACAAUGAUUCCUUGUUAAUAAUCAUCAGCCCAUUUAUACACACAUUCAUAGGUGUUUUAUAAAUUGAUCCUUUAACUAGUGUGAACAAAUAUUGUGGGUCAGAAUUGUAUAAUUGAAAUAAAAACUGAUUGGCCCAAUUUACUUUUGUGCUCUUCAGUGGAGAAGUGUCAUUGCAAGUCAGAAUAUAGGCACAUUUAACAUAUGUUUCCAUUGAGUUAAACAAAUCUUUGACGCAAUUCUACAUUUGUCAACUAAAUGUACAUGAGAAGCGUUAACCAGAUAAAAAAAAAAUAACAAACCAACUCCUUUUUUUAGGCCUAGUUAUAUAUAAUUGUCCUCUUAAUAGAAUUUGUUGGUGGUUUGUCUGUCAAGGCCCUGUGGUGUCAGACAUUCUGGUGGUGUCACAAUAACUGUUACCUUUCUGAUUCGUUUUCUAAGAUGGUGUUAGGGACACAUUAAAAUGAUUCAGCAACAAUAUAGUAUAAUGCCCUGUCCAUGAUAUAAUUUUUAAUGUCCUGCUAGAUAAUGUUUAUCUCCAGUCUCCACCAUAACCUUUUCUUUUAUUUCCUUUUCUGGGAUUUUAAGAUUUAAUCUGUAUAAUUCAGUAAAUUGACCAGUAAAAUGUUGUGUUUUACAACACACAAUAACACAUAAACACAUUUAAAAAAUAAGCCACAAACAGAUUGGAUCUAUAGUUAAAUGGCCACAUGUAAAAACCUCCUCAUUAUGUUUUGUUUUAUUGAAAACCAUGGUCCAUAUUUAAGUGUUCACUCAAAAAGUGCAACUUACAUAAAACUAAGUUUACCUUAAGGACUCAAAAGUGUGCAUUGGUUGAUUGUUUAUAAUCAAUUUGAUUUUCCUUUCACAAAAAGGUGUGUAAAGUUUGUGUAAAUAUCUUCAUAAACUCCCACCAUAUGUUUUACUCACUACACUUUUUAAGGUCUCAAAAUGUAAUAUUUGGACACAGAGUACAAGUUAAAUGUUUCCAAAAAUGUGAAUGUAAUUUACAUUAUUUAUCAAAUCAAACUUCUAAAAAAAACAGUGGAAGUAUUUUUUUAUACAUCUAACAUAAAUUGUAUGUAUGUAAUAGCAUGUUAUUAAGCGUGUAAUACCGUAGAAUUAUCAACCCAUGCAAAAAGCGGUCUUGCAGUUAUUAUAUGGUUUUAAUCCCUUAUAACAUGUUAUUUUGUAUUAUUGUAUGUCAUAAAAUACUUCAUUUCGACACAUUUUCAUAAUCUUUUAUAAAAAAUAGUUAUUUUUUUGUGCCCCCAAAGUUCAUAAUGUUUACAAUGCUUCUUCCAAGUAUACACCAGUAAUAGAGCCACACUCCGGAAAUAAUAUGGGUAUAUUCCUUGUUUACAGAGAAUUGUAUGUCACAAGUGUGUGUACUUAAAUGAAUGAGUUAUAGAACAAAUGCAAAUAAAUUGUGAUACUCUGUGGAAAAA